UCCCCGGCGACCACCACCUCGCCGCCGCCGGCGUACGAUUGCCUCCCCUCCCUCGUAUCCCCCUCUCCCUCCCCCCCUCGGGGUGCGGGCAUGGCGUCGCCGGCCGUCGCGUCCCCGAGCCGGACCCCCAGCAGGGGCCCCCCCGCCGCCGCCGCCGACACCACCGCGCCCUCCCCGGCUUCCCCGCCGCGGCGGCUCGCUUCGGCGCCGCCCGCGGUGGACGCGUCAUCGCCGGAGUCCGCGCGGUCCGGGGAGCUCGCCGCCACGCCAGACCCCUCGAGCCCGUUGCUCGCGAGCAGGAGCGAGGAGUACAGGCUUUUGUUUCGCCUGCCACCCGACGAGGUUCUUGUGCAAGAUUUUAAUUGUGCGCUCCAAGAAAAUAUUCUUCUUCAGGGUCAUAUGUAUUUAUUUCUACACCAUAUAUGCUUCUACUCUAACAUUUUUGGAUAUGAGACCAAGAAAACUAUUCCGUUGCAGGAAGUGACUGAUGUACGUAAAGCAAAAACAGCUGCUAUUUUUCAUAAUGCCAUCGAAAUUAUUGCCGGUACAAAAAGGCACUUCUUUGGAUCUUUCUUGUCACGCGAUGAAGCUUUUCGCAUUAUAGUAGAGGGCUGGGAACAGCAUGUCAGUGAUGCUAGAUUGCUCCUUGAACGCCAGGAUGCAAAGUCAGGAAACAGCAGUGAUGAAAAUGGUUAUGUUUUGUUGGAAGGAGCAAAGGAAACUAAACAAGAUGAUGAUUCAUCACCAUUAGACAGAUCUGUUAAUGGUACAGCUGUCACAAGUGGUAGUAAUGAUAGUGGUGACUCGGACGUCAAUAUUUCCAAGAGAUCUUCAGAAGUGCUAGAAAAUGAAAGUGAAGACAAAUGUACUGCUGCUACUGCACUUAAUCCAUUCAUCUUGGGGCCAUUUGAUGAUGAAGCUCCUAAUGUUCCCGAACCCUUUGCGUUGAUCACCGAGUCAAAGUUUCAGCAGGUGCCUGUGGAGGUUCUCUUUAAUAUGUUACUGUCAGAUAGUUCUUUUGGUUUUUUGGAUGAUUUCCACAAAAAAUGUGGUGACAAAGAAUUCCGUUGUUCCCCUUGGCGUUUAGAUGAACAGGGAGGACUUAUAAGGGAUGUUUCAUUCUUGCAUCCAAUUAAAAUUUAUCUUGGUGCAAAAUUUGGGUCUUGCCAGGAGGUUCAGAAACUUCGUGUGUACAAAAACAGGCAUCUCAUGAUUCAGACAUCUCAGCAAAUUGGUGAUGCGCCAUAUGGGGACCAUUUUACUGUUGAGGGGAUCUGGGAUGUUGAACAAGACAGCCUGGAUGAAAGCAGUUGCUACCUCAGGGUAUAUAUUAAUGUAGCCUUCUCAAAGAAAACCAUAUUUAGAGGGAAGAUUGAUCAAUCAACAAAAGAUGAAUGCCGUGAUGUUUUUGGGCUAUGGGUCAAGCUCGGUCAUGAUCUUUUGAAGCAGGAUAGCAGCUGUCAUUCGAGAGGACCUUCCAGCUCAACUAAUGUUGAUGAUCCAUCAGGGACUACUCUCAGUAGUGAGAAUCCUUUGGAAAACACAGAUCCAGGCUCGAGUUCUGCACCUGAUGAACCUGUUGUGAGAAGCAUCGUUCCUUCUAUUCAUGAUCACCAACAAAGUAUAGUAUGGGAUUCCAUAAUAUCCACAUCACAAGAACUUUGGCGUUCACUCUUGUCAUAUAUACAGUCAAGUCAGCUCGGGCCGGUGUUAGCACUGACACUGGUAGCCAUCAUCGUUCUAUUGCAGGUAACCAUCAUAGUUCUACUACUCAGAUCCCCCAAGGUGUAUAUGGUUAACCAAGAGACCUCCCCAAGCGGCUUCUCCUAUAGCAAAGAGAGCAUAGAGUGGGUACAGAAGAGAUUAAACCUAUUAGGCGAGGAGAUGCGGAUGGCGGAGAGUCACCUGGAGAUGAUGCAACAUGAGUUUGCCUGGCUCAAGUCUCAUCUGGAAAGGCUGCAGAGACUGAGGAGCAGCAGCUCAUGAGUCAUGGACCCGGCAAAUAGUGAGUACUUUACACAAAGCUGAGGGCAAAGUACGUACCUUAGUUUGGUUAUUUCUUGUUGUUCGUUGUAUUUAAUAGUACAGUGAUAUUGCAAGCAAUAUCGAUCCUGUGGGUGUGGAUAUGUUACGAUCGAGGGCACACGUACGAUACAGUGAUAGACUGGUAGAGUGCACCAUCAUGGUGGUGUAGUAAGUAAAUACAUGAUGAAACUACAGAACGUUGUGGAAAAAUGUCCACUUGCAACGACAAUGUAUGCGGUAAACUUGCAAAGGUAUAGAUUCAGAAUCUGUGAAAGUGGAAGAUGUACAUUUUACCUAUCCUAGGACAUUUGACCGGUAAUCAUUGGCUUUCUA